UGAGUCGAGAAAGCGAAGUGUCGUCUUCUACGAAAUCGUAGUCAGACAGGAACAGCUGCGGCCGUGACGUCACCGGAUCAGGGUGCGUUUACGUUGGGACGUGAACUCACUCUCACGGGCUCAGAUUGACUGCGCCCAUCACCAUACAGUCCAUGCCUCAAUAACUGUCCACAGCCUUUGGAAGUUACUGAAGUGGAAAUGACAGGAAGCAAGUCAGUCAAGUGUAUUUACAGCAGUUACAUUUAAGAUCAGUCUGGAGUUGGAUUGACAUCGACAACAACUGUUGAAUUAAACAAGAUGCUCCAUCUGCAGGCAGCACCCAGACAGUUUACCCAUGAUGUGCGAGAGCCGGGGCUGUGGAUCUGGAGGGUGGAAAAGAUGAAGGCUGUGCUUCUUGAUCCAUCGCUUUACGGUGUCUUCUACAAUGGAGAUGCAUACAUUGUGCUCAACAACCAGGGGAAAGAUGGAAGUGACUUGCACAUGUGGAUGGGUGAGAAGUCAUCUCCGGAUGAGCAGGGUGCAUGUGCUAUGCUCGCCACGCAAUUGGACAGCUUCUUAGGAGGAGAGCCAGUACAACACAGACAGGUCCAAGGCUUUGAGUCACCUGAGUUCAUGACACUUUUUCCUAAAGGAAUCAGCUACAGGGUGGGAGGGGUGGAGUCUGGGUUCAAGAGUGCCAGGUCAAGGACUUGCCCCGUUACGCAUCUUUACCAGGUCAAAGGAAAGAAAAACAUCAGAGCAAGGGAGGUGGAGCUUAGCUGGGGAAGCUUCAACAAGGGAGACUGUUUCAUACUGGACCUGGGAGAGACCAUCGUAGCAUGGAGCGGCUCCAAAGCCAACAUGUUCGAGCGACAGAAGGUGCGUGAAAUAGCAUCGCUAAUCAGAGACACGGAGAGGAACGGCAAAGCUCACAUCAUCGAUGUGACCGAGGGAGAGGAACCACUAGAGAUGGUCCAGGCACUUGGUCCAAUCCCAGCUCUAAGAGACAGCUCAGCAGAGGAGGACGCUGCAGCAGACAUCUCAAAUUCUGCCUCCCUUUACAAGGUUUCCAAUGCAACAGGCCAAAUGACCUUGACAAAACUGUGUAACAGAGGACCGUUCAGUCAAGAGCUCUUGGAGAAGGAUGACUGCUUCAUACUGGACAAUGGAUCUAAUGGGAAGAUCUAUGUUUGGAAGGGUCAUGGAGCCAAUGCAGAGGAGAAGAGAGUUGCUCUGAAGGUGGCAGAUGAGUUUAUUACAGAAAUGAACUAUCCCAGGAUGCGAACACAGGUGGAAAUUCUCCCUCAGGGUCGUGAAUCUGUCCUCUUCAAACAGUUCUUUGAGAGCUGGAGUUAAAUACGCACCAUUAUAUAACAUGCAUGCACAACAUUCAACCAUUUUGUAUGAUAACACAGCAUGUUAAUUAUGUAAGAUCUGGAAUACAUUUGCUUUUAGCCAAGAUUGCAAAGAAACCCAGUAAAAUGAGAAUUAUUGAGCUGUCAAAUGCAUAAAAAGACUGUUACAAGGCCUUUUACAAAGCAAACGUUUCAUUUUCUGUUAGAUAUGUAGUAAAAACCUAUACAAUAAUAAUAAUAAUAAUAAUAAAAAACUGUCUACCGCCUGUUGUUUUUACAUUAUGUUUUAUUAUUCACAUGACUUCUCUAUUCUGCUGUAAAUUGUAGUUUCAUAUUGGCAUUAACUUUAUGCACAGACACCAUGCAAUAACAGUUAUAUAACCAAAUGUGAUCAUUCCAUAAACUGUUUAUGAUUGUCAUAUAUCUUGAAGGUGAAUAUACGGUAGGCCAAAGUAGUUUUAUUUAAGCUUGCCUUUUCAGAAGCAACAUCACAAUGAAGGAUACAUAAAUGGACUCACAGUUAGAGGUGUGACAAAUACAUAACACAUUUUGUUGGGUCUGUAUACAACUUUACACAUUAAACAUUGUGCCAAAUAUUUCUGCAUUAGUUCAAAAUGAAACUGCAUUUGUAAUAACUAGUCAUUUAUACGAUAUGAACAGUUUCACAUGAUUCAUUACUGAAUUUA